AUGUCAGGUAUAGAUUUAUUAUAUAUCGAUAAUUCUACUGUUCCAAAUACAAUAAAACAAUGUAAAAAAUCUGGAACAAUAUAUGAAUGGUAUGCAUGGUCAUAUUUUAAUAUUAUUUUUGGUUGUUUAAUAAUGGGUUUUAUUGCUAUGUUUUUUUCUUUUCGUACAACAAAAUAUAAAGAAGCUGAUAAUAAUGUUAAAGCUCGUCUAUGGUCUCGUAUUACUCUAUUAUGGAAUAUCUUUGCUACAACUGCUGGUAUGGGUUUAACAUUCUAUGCUUUAUUUAAAAAAUAA